AACGGUAACUAUAUAUAGGAUAUACAAGUCAGGGUUCGCUUCCGGGGCAUUGAGUGCAACUUUGUACGCUCACCAGUUACAUGUACGUACUGACAGUGCAUUUUUAUAUUCAUUUGUUGAUUUUUUAUUUCAAGGCGGCAAGUUGUACUUUUAUCUGCAUUCUGCUAUGACAACAAAUAACCGAACUGUUUGGUGGCAUGGACUGAGUUCAACAUUUUGAGUGGAUUAUCGAUCUGAAUUAAGGAAACUAAAAUAGCCUUUGAACAAAUUUUAGUACUGCAUAUACUCACUGUAUUAUUUUACAAAUCAUAUACUUAUUUGGAUAUCAAACAUAACUGUUUCUCUAGCCAACAUGAAGUGGACACCCCUUAAAAAAAAUUACCAAGCCUCGCAUAUGUCAGUUCUACACCGCAGUGUUAUGACGUCCUAUCGCUCAUUGUGAUGCAAAACUAUGACGACAAAACAUCCAAGUGAUGACAUUCUUCAUUGUAAUCUCACGCGGAUAUAGCAAUCAUCCUUGUUUCGAUCCCGGAACCUUCGUUUUCCUGAGCGUUGAUCGCGUAUGAAUCACCACUCGUCGAGAUGUCGCAGUUAGCUCCCUUGUAUAUUAUGCAGACCUGACAGACACCGCUGUGUGUCUCGGCGAGAUACCUUUAUUUCAACACCUCCAAGACACACAGUAAACCGCACACAGUGCACACGAUGAACUAGUGUAUGGCCAGAACAUCGAUAGCAUCGACUGUUACAGAUGGCGACGUCGUGGAAUGAGAAAGUGACGGAGUUCCUCACCUGUGUGAUCUGCCAGGAACUGUACACAGACCCCUGUACACUGAAGUGUGAUCACACAUUCUGCAGGAAAUGUGUCACUGCAUACAUCCAAACCAGACCAGAUGCUGUAAAGUCCAAGACGAUCCCCUGUUCUUUCUGUCGACAAGAUACCAAGGUCCCCGACCCAAGCAGGCCAGUGAAGGAGUGGGCGGGGCAGAUCAAACCCAGCAUCAUUAUACAGGGUCUGAUUGACACACAAGCUGGCGAUACUACUGACGACACAAACGCCAAAUGCUGCACGUUAUGCGGGCAGCUAGGGGAGACAACUCCAGGGACCUCCUGGUGUCCGGACUGUGAAGUUACUCUGUGUGAAAGAUGUGUCAAGAUGCAUCGUGCGAGUCCCUUAUCUUGUGACCAUGAACUGUGUGACCUGUCUGAAGAGGUCAAGGUGAAGAAGAGACACAAGGUCUUUUGUCAUGAACACAAGGAUAAGAAAGUGGAAUAUCUCUGUAAAGAUUGCAACAAGUCACUGUGUCAGUCAUGCUGUGUGGUCUACCACAGGAAAUGUGACUCUGUCGUCACAAUCAAUUCACAAGAAGAAAGAAUGAAAUCGGAGUUAGCUAUGAGAAGGAAUAUAUUACGGACAAAAUGUCAUGGCAAAAGCAAAAGAAUAGAGAGACAUAAGUUGAAAAUACAUCAAAUAAAAGACGAUAAAGUGGCAUUAGAAGAACAGAUUCAUCUUAACGCCAAUAAAGUCAUGGAGUACAUCAGGCUGAAAGAAAAGAAGCUGUUAGAUGAAUUGGAUGAAAUAACAGAAAGACACAUCAUUCAGACCCAUGCAGAUGUAAAGCUUGAAGAGAUUGAGAUGCAAAUGUACAGACAACAUUGUGAGUUCAUUGACCAGGCCUUGAUAUCGGACUGUGAGAUGGACCUAUAUGACGCGUAUCAGGCCUGGGAGUCGGGGCCUGUAGAAUUGGGGGUCAGGGACACAGACACAGCAGACACACGGAGAAUAGACGACGUCAGGUUUACACCUGACACUGACAGUAUCCUGGAUGACCUACAGCUGUGGGAGAUUGAUGUCACAUAUCGAGAUGGACUGCAGUGGUCACCAGUGUUGUUCCACACAACUGAUGCGGCCACAGAGGAUGACCAAGUGACCCAUGGUAUGUUUGACACCACAACACUUUAUGUAGAUGGUAUACAAAUUGUUGUAGUCACUGACUGGGAAAACACGUGUGUGAAAUCCUUCUGGACCAGAAACAACCAUCGACAUCACAGUAGACUUCCCCUGGACGCCCCUCCCUGGGGUAUAACAAAGUUGACAGAGAUCCAAGUGAUGGUUACUCUUCCUCACUCCUAUCAGAUUGUAACAGUAGAAGUGGCCCCUUACCUGUUGUUGCUUUCAACCAUCACAACAAGCAAGGGGUACUUCAGUCUCGCUGUUCUGAGUCCUUCAUCUCUAGCAGCAGGUGGUAGCGCCUGUGUUGAUAUCCUGGACAUGACAGGAGACGUGCUCAGGUCAGUCACUACACACAACAGUGAGACACUGUUUACCUACCCGGCCUAUAUGUGUGUCAACAACAAGGGCAACAUACUCGUGUCUGACUGGGGGAAGACGUCUGUGACAUGUGUGACGUCAGAGGGGGAUGUUGUGUGGAGAUACGCCCCUACCGGAGGCAAAGCUCUCAGUAUUCCUGCUGGUAUCUCUACCACCAAAAAAGGAGAUAUCAUGGUUGUAGACAAGGACGCCGAGACGAUGAUACAACUGAAGGAGACAGGGGAAUAUGUCAGCGAUGUCAUCACAUCACAGGACGGUAUUAAUCAGCCAUUGAGUCUCUGCAUUGACAAACAUGACUCAGUUCUUGUCACUUGUGGAAGGGAAAUCAAGACAUUUAUCCUAACAUAGUAUGGGAGUGAAUAUUGAUGUAGCGGUUUAUGGGAUUUAGUUCUCACAUCACACGAUUGCGUGUAUGGAUGAUUGGGAGGAAAUAGGAAAUGUAAUAAAAGAGAAUAAUAACUAAAGUGCAAUAAGAUGCACAUUGUUAUGUCUGAGGUGCAUACCGGCGGCCUGCGUGACAUAGAAUGAAACUUAAAGGACAUCCAAAUAAGAGACACGGAUGGCCCAUUGGUCCAAGGCAUCUCCGUCAGCUGUGAAGAGUUGUGUCCCUUUUCCGAAUCCUGAACAGCCUCUCGUGGGCAUUACGCUCAACUCAUUAUUAAUAAACUGGUGUCUUGCACUAACCAAUUCUUUUUGCAAGUUUAUAUCAUUACCGUGAGAAACUUUCUGAAAUACAAAAUUCAUAUUUACAUAUCCUCGAGGAGUAAAAAGUAAUUGUGGUUCAUAUAAAGUGGUUUAAAUGUUACCUUAUUGAAAAUAUCAAGUCUGCGGUAUAUUGUUCCAAAUGUCAACCAAAUAUUGCCCCCAUGGAGCUAGCAUUACAGGCUGGUUCUGGUCCUGUCAGGGGCGUACGUUCUAUCUCAUCUAAAGCAUGUUCUAUGGGGAAGAGGUCUUGAGAAACAGCCGGCCAUGACAGUACAGCAAUGGUAUGAUUCCUCAUGAUUCUCGAUGAUCCCGAACGAUGUCGUCCGGGUAACGUACGCCAUUGAAAUUGCCUUCAACAAUGACGUGUUAUCUCCUAUGAGUUGUGACGCUAAAACGUUUUCCUAAAAGUUUGUUGGCCUUGGCUGUUCUGAUGAACCAUCGACUCAUCUGUGAACAGUAUACUGUCCUUGUCUUGUCUCCUGAACUUAGGAUGGUGUCUACACCGAAAAAGGAGAUAUCUUGGUUGUAGACAACCUUACUUAUAGAGUUCACUGUUCCAUAGGCCUCAUAUCAAUGACCAGACUGUGUACAAUGUACAUAUAUAACUGCGUCCAGCAUAUAAAUGUGUUUCAUCAAGGCUAUUUGUUUGUUCAAUAUAUUCGGACGAAACAGGGAAGUGUGGAUCAGGGAACAUUCACCUUCUUGAGAACACCUGGUGUCAUCGGUAUUCGA